AUGAUUUGGCUACCUGAUAUUGUUCUUUACAACAACGCAGAUGGUAAUUACCAAGUGUCAAUAAUGACAAAGGCAAAAUUGUCACCCAAUGGUACUGUCGAAUGGUCACCUCCUGCCAUUUACAAAAGCAUGUGUCAAAUAGAUGUGGAAUGGUUUCCUUUCGACAUACAAACAUGUGAAAUGAAAUUUGGUUCUUGGACUUAUGGUGGCUUAGAAGUUGAUUUGCAACAUAAAGAUUCACAUAUUGAAAGAGCGGAAACAGAAACAUUGCUUGGCUUUGAUGGUCAUUAUGACGAAACUGUUUGGAUUGUUGAUGAAGGAAUUGACUUAAGUGAUUAUUAUCCAAGUGUUGAAUGGGAUAUACUUGGCGUGCCGGGCAAACGCCAUUUAAAAAGAUAUCCAUGCUGUGAAUCACCUUUCAUUGAUCUGACAUAUGAGAUACGCUUGCGACGCAAGACGCUGUUUUACAUCGUCUACUUGAUCUUCCCAAUCGUUAGCAUUAAUUUUUUAACAGUGCUAGUGUUCUACUUGCCUUCAGAUGGCGGUGAAAAAAUAUCACUUUGCCUCAAUAUACUCAUUUCACUCACUAUAUUUUUCUUAUUGCUUGUGGAAAUAAUACCAUCAACUUCACUUGUUAUACCUCUUAUUGGUAAAUAUCUAUUAUUUACAAUGGUGUUGGUUACUUUAUCUGUUAUUGUAACAGUUAUAACACUGAAUGUGCACUUCCGAUCUCCCUCUACUCAUACAAUGCCAGAGUGGACUAAACGAAUUUUUAUCGAAUUUUUACCCAAAUAUCUUUUAAUGAGACGACCAUCAUCAAUAAAAAUCAUCAGAAACAGCUAUACUAACACGUUCACUAUUCCCAAACGCCACGACAGAAAACUGUUGAACUUCAGUCGACCACGUGACCACACAGUUUCCGCUUUAUUUGAUCAGAUGGAUUUCUUAUCUCCGGCUUAUCGAUCAUCAUUUUGUACAAUGAGAAGUCAUGACGGUAGCAGUUUCGCAAGCUUCCAAAAAGAAGUUACACCAGUGAUGAGCGCCGUUGAUAGUGUCACAUUUAUUGCCAGUCAUAUGAAGGAUGAUAAAAAUGGCCAACAGAUAAUCGAGGACUGGAAAUAUAUAUCCGUCGUGAUGGAUCGAUUGUUCCUCAUACUAUUUACAACAGCUUGUAUGAUCGGCAGCAUUCUCAUCAUACUACGGGCCCCAACCCUUUAUGACACAACUAUUGCAUUGGCAUAA